GGUUGAACAGUGAACAAACACUCUGACAGUCGGAGUCUCCGCGGCAGCAGAGCUCCGCUUCUCCUCCUGGUCCUCCUGGUCCUCCUGGUCCUCCUGGUCCUCCGGUCUGAAGGUCUGAAGGGGGGCAGCCUGAGCCUGAAGCGGACUGAAGCGGACUGGAUGUGCGGCUGUGGUCCCGGGCUGCGGAGGAUCUGGUCCGGCCCCGGUGUGAAUGGGAUUACUCCGGUCGUUGCGGGUCUCGGUCUGUCGGUGCUGGAGGAACCAUGCGGCCGUCGGUGCUCCUCCUGCUCCCGCCGCCGCUGCUCCUGCUGCUGCCGCUCCUCCUCGCGCUCUGCAGCGGCACAAGUUUCCCAAGUAACAUCAACAUAGGAGGCCUUUUCCCCACCGGCUCUCAUGAGUACGAGGUGUUUCGCUUCGCCCUGGCACAGCACCAGGACAUCCCCAAGCUGGUGCCGCAGGUGGACAUGGUGGACACGGGGAGCAGCUUCGCCAUGACCUACGCCUUCUGCUCCCAGUUCUCGAAGGGCGUGUACGCCAUCAUGGGUCUGUACGACCGGCGGACGGUCAACAUGCUGAUGUCGUUCUGCGGUUCUCUUCACGUGUGCUUCGUCACGCCGUCCUUCCCCGUCCACACCAACAACCAGUUCGUGCUGCAGCUGCGGCCCCAGCUGCAGGAGCCCCUCAUGGCGCUGCUGGAGCACUUCGACUGGACCCGCUUCGUCUACAUGUACAGCGCCGACUCAGGUCUGUCGGUGCUGCAGAGGAUCUUGGACACGGCGGCGGAGCGGAGCUGGCAGGUCACCUCCGUUAACUUGGACGCGCUGACGGAAGCUUCGUUCAUCAAGCUGCUCGCCGACCUCGACUUCAAGAAAGACUUUCAGAUCAUCAUCGACUGCGAGCUGGAACGCCUCAACUCCAUCCUGAACCUGAUUGCUGCUCAGAAGAGAAACUUGAAGAGCUACCAGUACAUCCUGGCCAAUCUGGGCUUCCUGGACCUGAACAUGACGGAGUUCCAGAAGCUCGGUCCCAACGUGACGGGCUUCCAGCUGGUGAACCGGAGCGACCCGGAGGUGGAGAAGGUGGACCAGGACUGGCUGGACUUCGACAGCAAAGACCUCAAACUGGCACGAAGACGGCUCCGGUACACAGGAGCUCUGACCUACGACGGCGUCACCGUCAUGGCGACGGCGUUCCAGAACCUUCGGCGGCAGCGCAUCGACAUCUCUCGCCGUGGAAACGCAGGGGAGUGUCUGGCCAACCCCCCCGCCCCCUGGGGGCAGGGCAUCGACAUCCAGAGAGCUCUGCAACAGGUGCGUCUGGAGGGGCUGACGGGUCGCGUCCAGUUUGACGAGCGAGGUCAUCGGACCAACUACACCCUGAGUGUGAUGGAGCUGAGGCACUCGGGGCCCCGGCAGGUCCAGAUCGGCUACUGGAACGAGAGGCGGGGCUACGUGAACACGGCCGUCUACAAACCGGUGAUCGAGGAGUUCCACGACCUGCUGAACCGAACCUACGUGGUCACCACCAUACUGGAAGCUCCCUACAUGAUGCUGAAGAAGAACCACGAGCAGUUCGAAGGCAACGAGCGCUACGAAGGUUACUGCGCCGAGCUGGCCGCCGAGAUCGCCAAACACGUGGGCUUCAUCUAUCGCCUGGAGCUGGUGGGGGACGGCAAGUACGGAGCCAGAGACGCCGAGACCAAGAUGUGGAACGGCAUGGUGGGAGAACUGGUGUACGGGAAGGCGGACGUGGCGGUGGCGCCGCUCACCAUCACCCUGGUGAGGGAGCAGGUGAUCGACUUCACCAAACCCUUCAUGUCUCUGGGAAUCUCCAUCAUGAUCAAGAAACCCACCAAGUCCAAACCAGGAGUGUUCUCCUUCCUCGACCCGCUGGCCUACGAGAUCUGGAUGUGCAUCGUCUUCGCCUACAUCGGAGUCAGCGUGGUACUGUUUCUGGUGAGCCGGUUCAGCCCCUACGAGUGGCAGGGUGAAGACUCUGAUGAUGAAGAUGAGACUCUUCCUUCCUCCGGCUCGAGGAGAGCUCUACCCACCUCCUCCUCUGACCACUCCCCAGGGUUCUCAGGGAACCAGAACCAGCAGAAGGAGAAGGAGGCUCCAGAACACACCAAUGACUUUGGGAUCUUUAACUCCCUCUGGUUCUCUCUGGGAGCCUUCAUGCAGCAGGGCUGUGACAUCUCCCCCAGGUCUCUGUCAGGUCGAAUCGUGGGAGGAGUUUGGUGGUUUUUCACCCUCAUCAUCAUCUCCUCCUAUACAGCCAACCUGGCGGCCUUCCUCACCGUGGAGAGGAUGGUGUCCCCCAUCGAGAGCGCCGACGACCUCGCCAAGCAGACGGAGAUCGCCUACGGCACGCUGGACGGAGGUUCCACCAAAGAGUUCUUCAGGCGGUCAAAGAUCGCCGUUUUUGAGAAGAUGUGGUCGUACAUGCGGAGCGCCGACCCGUCGGUGUUCGUCAAGAACACCAACGAGGGCGUGAUCAGAGUGCGGAAGUCGAAGGGGAAAUACGCCUACCUGCUGGAGUCGUCCAUGAACGAGUACAUCGAGCAGAGGAAGCCCUGCGACACCAUGAAGGUGGGAGGAAACCUGGACUCUAAAGGCUACGGGGUGGCCACGCCCAAAGGAUCGCCCCUCAGAAACCCCGUUAACUUGGCCGUAUUAAAACUGAACGAGCAGGGCCUGUUGGACAAAUUGAAAAACAGAUGGUGGUAUGACAAGGGAGAGUGCGGCACCGGGGGAGGGGACUCCAAGGACAAGACGAGCGCGCUCAGUCUGAGCAACGUGGCCGGAGUCUUCUACAUCCUGAUCGGAGGGCUCGGCCUCGCCAUGCUGGUGGCGCUGGUCGAGUUCUGCUACAAGUCACGCAUCGAGUCCAGACGGAUGAAGGAACUCAUCGAUGCCGCCAUGACGAACAGCAGCCUCGGCGGGAUGGCAGGCUACGGCGGUGGCGGCGGAGGAGGAGGAGGCGCAGCGGGCGGGUACGGAGGCGGAGCUUCGGGGCUCGGAGGAGAAAACGGACGCGUGGUGGCGCACGACUUCCCCAAAGCCGGAGCUCAGGGUUUACCCUGCAUGGGCAAAGGUGGCGGCCUCGGACUGGCCUCCACAGGCAUGUGAUCAGAACUCAGGCUCCUGAUUGGACGGGACGCUCCAGCCUGUCUGUCUGCCUGUCUGACUGUCUGCUGCUGAGCAAGGAUCAGAAGGAGG